CAGAGGUACAGGUGCCUCCGCCGGCAACCCGCCGCCUGCCCGCCCGCCGACCUCGGCACCGGGCCUUCACGGCCCCCUCCCGCCUCCCACUUCGGCCUCCCCACCGCCCCGCCAAAUGCAGGCCGCCGCCGUCCUCCCGGAGGAGAUCUGUUGGCUCAUGCAAGAUGCUGAGGAAUUCCUGGCGGAAGGUUUGCGGAAUGAGAACCUCAGUGCUGGUGCAAAGGACCACAGAGACCAUAUUCUACGUGGCUUUCAGCAAGUCAGAACUAGGUACAACUGGGAUUUUCAGCCCCCAGGGGGAGACCAAGCUGAAAAUUACCUUGGACAGGACAGCUCCGAUGAUAAUCACAGUGGAACUCAUGGCCCUUCUCUCACAUCAGAUUAUCAGGAUGAGGGAAUAGAAGACAUCACAAGAGGAGCUCAAGAGCUUGAUAACAUCAUCAAGCAAGGAUACUUGGAGAAGAAGAGCAAAGAUCAUAGUUUCUUUGGGUCUGAGUGGCAGAAGCGAUGGUGUGUUGUCAGCAGAGGCCUCUUCUACUACUAUGCUAAUGAGAAAAGCAAGCAGCCCAAAGGGACCUUUCUCAUUAAGGACUACAGCGUACGGAUGGCCCCCUACCUGCGAAAAGAUUCCAAGAAAGAAUGCUGCUUUGAACUGACCUCCCAGGAUAGGCGCAAUUAUGAGUUUACAGCUACUAAUCCAGCUGAAGCCAGAGACUGGGUGGAUCAAAUAAAUUUCUUGUUAAAGGAUCUGAGCUCCUUAACCAUUCCAUAUGAAGAGGAGGAGGAGGAGGAGGAAGAAGAGGAAGAGAUGUAUGAUGAUAUUGAUGGUUUGGACUCCCCAAAUGCUGGUUCCCAAAGCAGACUCAUUAUCUUACCUGCAAGUAUGGGGCAGAAAGAGCCCACGGAGGAGAAAGAAGAAGAAGAAGAUAUUUACGAAGUCUUACCAGAUGAAGAGCACGAGCUAGAAGAGGAAGCGAGUGGCACUGGACAAAAAGGAGUGGACUAUGCCAGUUAUUACCAGGGCCUAUGGGAUUGCCAUGCUGACCAGCCAGAUGAACUGUCCUUCCAACGGGGUGACCUCAUCCGCAUUCUGAGCAAGGAGUAUAACAUGUAUGGCUGGUGGGUAGGAGAACUGAACAGCCUCAUUGGGAUUGUUCCAAAGGAGUAUCUCACCACUGCCUUUGAAGUGGAAGAAAGAUGAAGGUAUCCAAUUACCAGUGGA